AUGCCUAUCGGUCCUCCCGGGUCUACCAUCCAGCCCACCUGCGUGGCCUCCGCUUGGCAACGGUCUCGUUUGAAAGUUGCCCAGAUCAACGUCAAGAAAGCCCCACUUCGCCUGACAGCUCUCAAUGCCUACAUGGAACGCAACCCUUGGGAUGUUGUGGCUCUUCAGGAUCCGCCGCCUCAUCUUCCAUGGUGCGACCUUUUCAAGCAGUACCAUAUUGUUUGGGAGCACACAGGCGACGGCGAACUCACCACCUACAACAAUCCAUAUACCAUCGACUCCAUGACAGCAAAACCCGCACGCUCGCUUCGCGAUAAGGCAGAGCGGAAGUUGAUGAAGGUGGUGCCACUGUACAAAGUCGCAUUCCUCGUGUCUUCACGUAUCCCAAUGCACGACUGGACCGUCGACUGGUACACGGGAGACGUCAACAGAACUCUGCUAUGCACCCUACGUCUUGAGACGCGUUUAGAGGCUACCCUUGCCAUCCACAACUUUUAUAAUGCCUACGAGAACGGAAUUCGCCAACUCGACAUUGAAGCUCUUCUACGGGCAUGCACCGUCUCCGGUUUCGAUCUCAUGCUCGGGGAUUCCAAUCUGAAGCAUGAUCUGUGGGCUGGGAAACUCGCAAAACCUCCAAAUAAGGAUGCCACAGACCUUGCCAUUGGAAUUCAGGCUGCCGACAUGGAGUGUCUUGUGAAGCCUGACGAGAUUAAGUUUACCUAUACUCGCGGUCAGAACACGGAGAUUUACAAGUCCACCAUCGACAUCGCUAUCUCGGGACCAGGUCUCACCCCCUACAUUUAUUCAUUUCGGCGAGUCGACGAUGUCGAGGGCUUUGAGUCAGAUCAUCGGGUUUUGGAAACUACGAUCGACACUACCACACGUCCGCUAGACGAUCCGCGCUACCGCUGGCGGGAUGCCUCGCCGAAGGAAUGGAAGGCAGCCGUUGGACCCCGCCUCAAAAAUGAGUUGAAGUCCCUUUCUUUGGAGUCUCGAGCUCAUAUCGACACCUUUUUUGCCGAGGCCGUUCGGAUAAUGGCCGAAGAGAGAGACCAGCAAAUCCCCAAGACGAAGACACCUGUGCUCAUCACCAAGGUCAAGCCUGCUGACCCUGCCUUUCUCGCCGUCGGCAAUCAACUUUUCAACCCAACACGUGCCGACAAUGCCGCCAACAGACGGCACAAUAGGUACAUCAGAGACCAGAGAGCUCAACGAACCAAGGAGUACCGCCUGUUUGUCGCGUCUGGAGCCAAGACCGUCUUCCAGUUGGCUAGGAUGAGCGCCCGCAGAUCGCUGCCCCGCGCCCCUUCCCACAUUCCAGUCUUGCAAAAAGUCCUGGAUGAGAACAACACUCGGAAAUAUUACUCGCACGAGGACAAAGCAGAGUAUUUAGUCGAAACUCUUUGGCCUCGGUACAGUUGUGGCACAGAGCCUCCCCCCAUUUUGGAGUGUCCUCCGAUCCCUGGUCCUUGUCUGGACGAUUCGGCACAGAAGAGGUUGAAGCCCGGAGAGUUGCGUGGCGUCGUACGAGGCAUGCCAGCUCACAAAGCUGAGGGCAAGGACGGUAUCUCGAUCGAUGCACUCAAGAUGCUGUUACCUUCAAAAGAGGACCCGGAAGAUAUCGUCACAUCUGUGUUCCAACGGGCGAUGCAAGCCUGCCUAGACCUCUCAUACCAUCCGGAGGAGUUCAAGGAGGCAGUGACGGUAAUGCUACCUAAGGCUGGGAAGCCGAAGCAUUUGCCAGGGAGCUACCGUCCAAUUGCUCUUCUCUCCGCUUUCGCUAAGGUCCUGGAAAAGCUGUUCACGAUUCGACUGGUGGAUUGGCUCCUUGCUGCCAGGAUUCUACCCUUCGAACAGUUUGGGUUCCGAGACAAGAACGCCACACAGGCCCUUGAAUUCAUCCUCAACGCUAUUUACAAGUAUUGGCUCGCGAAAAACGCCUUUGUUACGGUCGCCGCUCUCGACAUGACUGCCGCUUUCAAUCGUGUUCUUCAUGACCACUUGCUGUCUCUGCUUGUUGAGUACGGCGUCCCUCGUUGGAUGAUACAAUUCAUCUGGGAAUUCCUUUCUCGACGUAGCACCACUGUUCGUCUUCAAGGCAAGCUGUCGAAGAAGUUUUGGAUCAAGAUUGGUGUCCCUCAGGGCAGCCCUCUGUCUCCGAUUCUCUUCGUGGUGUUCACGAUACCUAUCCUCAAGAGAUUAAGGGAGAGCCGGACCUUGGAGAGCAACGACGACAUGGCCAUCUUCCAACUUUUCGACCUAGUUAUCACAGGCUAUGUUGAUGAUAUCACCAUCCUUCUUGCAUCCUCGUCCUAUGAGUUGAACUGCAAGGCAUUGGGACUGGUAUACCGUCGUUUGACGAGGUUCACGUCACUGCACGGCACCGAGUUCAGUGCCGACAAGACAAAAGUCAUGCACUUGUGCCAGUCACGCAGAGCUUUGGCGGUCACGGAUCUCAUGCCGAAGGUGUCUGGUUUUCCCAAGGAGGCAGAGACUUCAGUGAGGAUUCUCGGUUUACAUCUGGACUAUCAACUCAAGUGGAAUGUACACAUCGCACAUAUUCUCGCCAAGGUCAGACAAAAGAUGUAUCAGAUGCGGCGCGUCUGUGCAUCUACUUGGGGCCCGAAUGUCCGGAAGCUUUGCCACCAGUACAUCACCAGCAUACGACCGAUCUUUGCCUACGGUUGUGCCCUCUGGUACGUUAUUCGUAGCACCAAAGGGACUCGAUGCAGGUGGUCCCUCUGCCAACAGCUCUUCCAACAGCUUGAGACCGAACAAAACCAUUGUUUGAGGCAGCUCUCUGGUGCCUAUCGGCGAGUCUCGGGCGAUGUCCUCUGCAAGGAGCUGUUCAUCGAGAGGCUUUCGGUAUUCCUCGCUGGAUGCGCGAUGAAGCACCGAGCCAAGAACCUCACCAAGCCCGAGGGUCAGGCGCUGUUGCAGAGUUGGAAUUUCGUGGCCAAUGCCCGUGGUCUCACCGCCGAGGUCAUGGAAUCGCAUCCGUUGAAUGUUGCGUACCGGGAGGCUCAGGCUCUGGUUUUGGGGCCGGCGUUUGGAAGGCUUUUGCUGCAGAUCGAGGCGGACCCCAAAAUCGUGAACAAUCCUGGCCAGCAACUCGCGAGAUUGAGACGACUCAUCAACAAGAUUGUGAAGGAGCUGUCUCAUACCAGAUCGGAGGAGCUCUGGAACAAGUUCGUCCUCCAUCACCUCUGUGAAGCUGCUGGCUUCAAUGAGAGUUACCCGGCUCUUCAAGGACUUUGGGGGAAGCACAACGCCAAGUUGUACGCGGACAUGCCUAAGGCUCAAAGCACAAUGUUGCUUCAUAUUCGGACGGGCUUCAAUGGACUGAACGCCACACUACACUUUAUGGGAUUGGUCUCCUCUCCCAAGUGCCCUUGCGGUGAAGGCAUACACAAUGCGAAACACUUGUUCCUCCACUGCGAAUUGCUGAACGACGCACGCAAGCAUCUUCUCAAGGAAUUGCCCAAUUUGACAUUCGAAGCCCUCCUCACUCUUCAACCCAGGGCCGCUGCAGACUUCGCCAUCCGCUACUUUGGUAUCCCGCAGUUUCGAUGGACGGCAAAGCACAUGCCGAACCCCGCAUUUGGCAACUUGGUGGAGGAAGAGGAUGAAGCAGACUUUCUCCAGCCUUCCGACCUAUCUACCGACCCUCACGCACACCCUCUGUCGUCAAGCUCAGCCGUCUUUUCCGCCGCCUACGCUGCAUUCUACAUUCGUCAGCAACGCCCGCGAUGUCACAGUUGGCCUGGUCAACUUACUGGCUACGCCGCCCUACCAAGGACGUCGUCAAAGACCUCGAGGCAGGACCUGGCUAUAGCCAUCUGGUCCCUAGGGCUCUGCAUAUUGAAGGGCGUCGUCUUGCUGAUCGCCGCAAGCCUGGCCCUGUGGUUGGUAUCGAUCUUGGUGUCUUGGGGCGUGCCUCGGGCAAAGCCUUGCGGCAUGAGAUCCCAUGGAUCGGGCAGGAUGGAACACAUCGUGAAGGUGUAG